CAGACCAACGGCGGCUCAGAUGGAGGAAACCUGCGCGCCCACAGCGGACUCUGUUGUCUCCUCUCAUCACUUUAUUGUUACAGGCACGCGGGAGGGGGAAGUUUUUAGCAGAAGAAGCUCGCGGUCUUCUCUCAGCAUCCGUGUGUGUUUCAGUUUAGUCCUCUUCAGGAAGUAUUAAACUUGUAAGCGCAUCAUGGGGUGAAUCUGACAUCUGAGGAGGAUGCUGAUGAAAGAGCGUCGUGACCAAACUCACAGGUAACCAUGGUGAAGGAGAGUCUGCCCAGCUGGGUCCACCAGGACUCUGACGAGGGUCUCGUCCACGUGAACGUCGGAGGUCUGAAGAGGAGCCUCUGUUCCAGCACGCUGAAGAAAUUCCCGGACACCAGACUGGGAAAACUGCUGGCGUGUGACUCAGAGGAAGAUAUACUGCAGGUGUGUGAUGACUAUGACGUGCAGCAGAAGGAGUUUUAUUUUGAUAGGAAUCCCAGCCUGUUCCCUUACGUCCUCCACUUUUACCAGACGGGCAAACUUCACAUCAUGGAGGAGCUGUGUGUCUUCUCCUUCAGUCAGGAGAUAGAGUACUGGGGCAUCAAUGAGUUCUUCCUGGACAGUUGCUGCAGUUACCGUUACCAUGACCGCAAGCUGGAGAGCAGCCGCCAUCGCAGCUGGGACGACGAUAGCGAGGUCAGCAGCAUCGACACAUCUGUGGACGAGAUAUCUGACUUAAACAGAGACAUGCGGCAUUUCCAGGAGGUGCGUUAUGGGAACAUCAGGAAGUGUCUGUGGUUGACGCUGGAGAACCCAGGAUACUCCAUCCCCAGCAAGCUCUUCAGUCUGCUCUCCAUCAUGGUGGUGCUCACGUCCAUCGCCACCAUGUGCAUUAACAGCAUCCCAGAGUAUCAGACGUUUGACGAUGAGGGGAAGUUGAUCGAGGACAUGACCACGCAGGCUCUGGAGGUGUUCUGCACCUGCUGGUUCACCUUCGAGGUGGUGAUGCGGCUGCUGCUUGCACCGAACAGGAAGAAGUUCUUUCAUCACCCUCUGAACAUUAUCGACAUGGUGUCUGUGGCUCCCAUCUACAUCACCCUGGUCUUUGACAUGACUGUGGGAUCAGAGUCUGAGCUGGGAGACCUGGGACGACUCAUACAGGUGUUCCGGUUAAUGAGGAUCUUCAGGGUUUUGAAGCUGGCCCGACACUCGACAGGACUGCGGUCACUGGGAGCGACACUUCGGCACAGUUACCGUGAGGUCGGCAUCCUGCUGCUGUACCUGGCUGUCGGAGUGUCCGUCUUCUCUGGUAUCGCUUACACCGCUGAGUAUGAAGAGGAUGUGGGUCUGGACACCAUCCCGGCCUGCUGGUGGUGGGGGACGGUGAGCAUGACCACGGUGGGCUACGGGGACGUGGUGCCCGUCACGGUGGCCGGGAAGCUGGCGGCCAGCGGCUGCAUUCUGGGCGGCACCCUGGUGGUGGCGCUGCCCAUCACCAUCAUCUUCAACAAGUUCUCCCACUUCUACCGCCGGCAGAAAGCUCUGGAGGCGUCGGUCAGGAACAACAACCGCAGGAAGAUGAGAAUGAGCUGCGAGAAGGAGCCGGAGGAGGACAAGGAUGACGAGGAAGAGGGAUCGGACGGGGACAGCCGGUGUCUGGACGACGAUGAUACCGAUGAUAUCGAGGAGGACGAUAUAGAUUAUGAAGAUGAAGGAGGUGUAAUCAAUUAUAGCUACGUGGAACAUUCUUCCUUCACGUCAAUACUGAGGAGGAAGGAGCUGCAUCACCUGUGAGGGAGAGCUCAACCUGCUGAAGGCUGCGUUCACCCUCGAGAUUAGACCUGACGUUUCAAACCAGUGUGAAGUCUGAUGUUUGCAGCUCUGAUUUGGACCACAUUCAUGUUUCAUCAUGAACCUGACUUUCAUCUGAUCCAAGGCCACGCAAAUGUAGUAUGACGAUGGCCGUCAUCAAAACAAUUUGACUGAAGAAGAAGGCAGCAGCAGAGGGGCCAUAUUGUAAAUGACUAAUGUCUGACACAAAAGCGGGAGGUGGACUAAAAACUUUGGGCUGUUCUGACAUGAACAGCUGUCGUUUGGUCUCACUGUGCGUGUGCGGUGUUUCAGGAUGGAGGUUUGUUCACACUGAUGUUGGAUGUGUUUCCAUAUUAAAAACAUGUCUGUGAUGAAUCACUGACAGAAAAAAAGGUCAAAUUGAACAUAAAGGUCUGCAGUACUGUGGGAAUGAUGAACUGCACUGAACUGAACAGGACUGAAGUGUAAUAGCAUGCGCGCAAAUAAAGUUAGCUGAAUAAAAAAAUAUCAAGAAA